GCUUUCUAGGAAAAUCGUGAUAAAGGGAAACUAUGAUGAACCAACUUGCAUCUCUCAUUGCUUUGAGCUGAGGAUUAUAUGGUUUCUCGUUAAAGCUAUAGUGGAGUUUAUUUGUCAUUUCUUGUUACAUGCAGAUUGCAAGGCUGUUUCAUGGAUGCAAUGAAGGCGUUGGUAUUGUUCACAAGUUUGGCUGUGCUUCUGUGGACGUGUGCUACAGUUACAGCCCAAGAUGAGCUCAACACCACCUGUACAUUAACCCCUGUCAUCACGGAUCAGCUGAAGACGAAACUUUAUGAGUACUUUGAUAAGUCGUCUGAGACCAAACUCCUAGAAUAUAAGUUGGUAUUUGAAAAUUACACGAAUAGUCAGAAAUGCAAGGAUUCGGCUACUUCAUUUGAAAACUGGAGGUGGUAUCGUGCACAAGAAUUUGGAUCUCUAUAUUUCUUUUUUUUCGAUGAAGAUAUUUGGACAAAUGGAAUUAUGAUUAAAAACGUCACGUCUUCUGUUGAAAUACAAUUUAAAACUACGCCUGAAAAUUGUCUUGUAAAUUUAACGUGUAGAGGACAGCAGACUUUAAUUAGAAAUGCUUUAAUUUCAGAUUUUAACCUAAAAAAAGAACUUCAACUGCUAGAUAUAGAACUUUCUAAAAAUAUAGAGAUCUGCUUGAAUGUCAAUGAGAUUGACACGUUUGAAAAUUACAGGUGUUGCGGAUUCAAUAGAUGGAAUGAAUAUUACUGCAAUGACCAAAGUGUCUAUUUUAAAAUUGUCUUCUUUUAUUUACCGUUCAUCAUAUCCAUUCCUAUUAUGAUGUAUAUUCUGUAUAAACUGUGGCUCAGUUACAGACCAAUAAACUUUGGUAUUUAUUCAGAAGCCAAUACUGAGAUAAACAAGUGGCAGAAAAUCAAAUGUAGACUAGGUGAGAGUGCACAUGGAAACGAAACUGUAUUAGCAUCCAAGUUAAUCACAAUGGAAGGCUCGACAUGGCUACUGUUCGACUAUUACAUUCACAAGCUCUUCUUCUUCUUUGCUGGUCAUAGUGCUGACAACAUAUCCUUUUACAUGCCGAGGAUGAAAAAUUCAGCCAAUUCUGAUCCCAAAAUAAAAAAGAAAUCAUGUUGGAAAUUAAUCUUUUUUUCCAACAUCGACGAGCCACCAUUUUUCGCCAGACUAUUGGAAAGAUUUAUGCUGACUCUUCCUUUUGUAGUGUUAGACAAAAUAUCUUAG